UAUGUGUCUGAACUUCUGGGAGGAGAGAAGUUUGUGUCUUGCUCAGUGGUGCUGCCAGCGUUGUGUCAUCUGUUGCAAGUGAUGGAGGUCACUGAGGACGACCCAGCUUACAUGAUCAAGUUCAAGGGAACCUUAGCAGCAGACAUGGAGGGUCGCAAGGAGAAGACCAACAUCACAUGGCUGAGAGUUGCGACAGCACUUGACCCAAGGUUUAAGGACCUCAAGUGUCUGAGCAAACCUGACAGGGCUGAGGUGUGGGGUACGGUCCGUGCCUUGCUCCGGGAGAGGGAGAUGGAGAGGCCUGCACAGCCGGAUAACCAAGUCACGUCUGCGCCUCCUACGAAGAAACCAAAUCUCAUGCUUGCACACGAGUCUUCGUCUGAUAAAGAGGAGGACAGUACUGAGCAAUGUCUGGAGCGCUACAAGGCAGAGCCUCUUACUGGCAUAGAUGACUGUCCCCAGGAAUGGUGGUCCACACAUGAAGGGGCACACAGUGAAAUGGCCCGCCUUGCACGCAAGUACUUAGCAACACCGGCCACAUCAGUACCUCCUGAAAGGCUGUUUUCAUUGUCUGGGCAUGUUGUAUAGGCUUGUCUGUUUGAGUAACUGGCUCAAAGCAAAGAAGUAGUAAGCUUACCUUUUAUUGGUAACCGUUACUGUUCAUUCUUUCUGGAGAGAAAUAAGAGGCUGUGUUGAUGAGCCUCUGGUGAAUAAAGAGCAGUAGCCUGACUGCUAUGUUCAAAGCAAACUUGAGAAAAACAAAUAUUAAGCCAUGGUUUAACUGCACUAUAGGCUGAGUCUUAGUUUACCUACAUGUGCACUUUGUAAUUUUAUUUUGUAUCGCCCAGUUUCGAUCCCUUAGAAAGGGCUGUUGAAGGGGCUGUUUGUGUGACAAAGUAUUUUUUUCAUCCUUUUAUUGAUGGACAGUGUUACAUUGUGAGAUUAUUUGCUCCAAGUGUGAAUAUUAGUGUGAAAUUGAACACAUUUUCACAAAGCAAGCCAAUCCACUUUUCCAUGAUAAGAGCAUUAAAAUGAGAAAAAAUAAUGGGACAAAAAGAAAUCAAGGGACAUUUAGAAUAGAUAAAAAUGUGCGAUUAAUUGCGAGUUAUCUAUGACAUUAAUGCGAUUAAUCGCGAUUAAAUAUUUUAAUCGUUUGACUGCACUAGUUAUUAUCAUUAUCAAUUAAUUUGCAGAUUAUUUUCCCAAUUAAUCAAUGAGGUCUAUGAAAGGUCAGCAACUGUGAAAAAUUACAAUAAGAACCAAUUAAUGUCUUCAGAUUGUUUGCUCUGUCUGAAAAACAAUCCACAAUUAAAAGAUGUUCAGUUCAAUAUCCUUUAAGACAAAUCUUCACCUUUCAGAAGCUGAACCCAGCAACUGUUCUGCAUUUUU